GCAGUGGAGGGCGAGGUGACUGGGGAAAGAAUGGUUCAGCAAGUUGCAGAAAACAUAAAUUUUCCUCAGGAGGAAGAGAAGAUACUGAAUCUCUGGAACACGCUUGAUUGUUUUCAGGAAUGCCUGAAACAGUCAAAAAACAGACCAAGAUUUACUUUCUAUGAUGGCCCUCCAUUUGCAACUGGGCUUCCACACUAUGGCCACAUUCUUGCAGGAACCAUUAAAGAUGUAGUAACCAGAUUUGCUCACCAGAGUGGCUUUUAUGUUGACAGAAGAUUUGGAUGGGAUUGUCAUGGUUUACCUGUGGAGUAUGAAAUUGACAAAACACUAGGAAUCAAAGGGCCAGAGGAUGUGGCCAAAAUGGGUAUUGCGGAAUAUAACAAUCAGUGCAGGGGGAUUGUGAUGAGAUACUCUACCGAAUGGAGGAUUAGCAUUACCAGACUGGGACGCUGGAUUGACUUUGACAAUGACUAUAAAACUCUAUAUCCUGAGUUCAUGGAGACUGUCUGGUGGGUUUUCAAACAGCUGUACGACAAAGGACUGGUUUACAGAGGCGUUAAGGUUAUGCCUUUCUCCACAGCAUGUAACACUCCUCUUUCGAAUUUUGAGGCUCACCAGAACUACAAGGAUGUUCAAGAUCCUUCGGUGAUUGUGAGCUUCCCAUUGGAUGAAGAUGAAAACAUCUCUCUUGUUGCUUGGACAACUACCCCCUGGACCCUGCCUAGUAACUUGGCCCUCUGUGUUAACCCAGAAUUGCAAUAUGUGAAACUAAAAGAUAGUGCCACAGGGAAGAUUUAUAUUUUGAUGGAAGCCAGGCUGGUAGCACUGUACAAAUCUGAAAGUGAAUAUGUGAUACUUGACAGGUUUCCUGGCAUUACUCUUAAAGGCAAGAAAUAUAAACCACUAUUUGAAUAUUUUAUUAAGUGUAAAAACAAUGGUGCUUUCACUGUGGUCACAGACAACUAUGUGAAGGAGGAAGAAGGUACAGGGGUUGUACAUCAGGCUCCUUACUUCGGUGCUGGUUCCUGACUUUGUGAGAGAGAAACGUUUUGGAAACUGGCUGAAAGAUGCACGUGACUGGGCUAUUUCCAGGAACCGAUACUGGGGAACACCUAUCCCUUUGUGGGUCAGCAGUGAUUUUGAAGAGGUGGUUUGCAUUGGGUCAGUGGCAGAACUGGAAGAGCUGUCAGGAGUGAAAGUCACUGAUCUCCACAGAGAAAGCAUUGAUCAUCUAACCAUCCCUUCACGCUGUGGAAAAGGAAUGUUGCACCGUGUUUCUGAAGUCUUCGAUUGUUGGUUUGAGAGUGGGAGCAUGCCUUACGCACAAGUCCAUUAUCCAUUUGAGAACAGAAAAGAAUUUGAAGAUGCCUUUCCUGCUGACUUCAUUGCUGAAGGCAUUGACCAAACCAGAGGAUGGUUUUAUACUCUCCUGGUGCUAUCCACAGCUCUUUUUGGGAAGCCGCCUUUCAAGAAUGUAAUUGUAAAUGGGCUGGUUCUUGCUAGUGAUGGCCAAAAAAUGAGCAAACGCAAGAAGAACUAUCCUGAUCCAGUGACCAUUGUAAAUGGUUAUGGAGCUGAUGCACUAAGGCUGUACCUCAUCAAUUCUCCUGUGGUAAGAGCAGAAAACUUGCGGUUUAAGGAGGAAGGAGUAAGAGAUGUGUUGAAGGAUGUCUUCCUGCCCUGGUACAAUGCGUAUCGCUUUCUCAUUCAAAAUAUUGUGAUCCUGCAACAUAAGGAAGAUGGAAAGGAAUUCCUGUACAAUGAGAACACGAUGAAGGAGAGCAACAACAUCAUGGAUAAAUGGAUUCUUUCCUUCACACAGUCACUCAUUCAGUUCUUCAAGGCCGAAAUGGCAGCCUACAGACUAUACACUGUAGUCCCUCGACUAGUUAAGUUCGUUGAUGUACUGACCAACUGGUACGUCAGAAUGAAUCGCAGAAGAUUAAAGGGUGAAAAUGGGAAUGAGGACUGCAUUAUGGCCUUGGAAACCUUAUUCGGUGUUCUGUAUGCAAUGUGCAGACUCAUGGCACCUUAUACUCCCUUUAUCACUGAAUUGAUGUACCAGAAUCUGAAGACCCUUAUUGAUCCGGCCUCAGUUCAGGAGAAGAACUGUGAUAGCAUUCACUAUCUGAUGCUUCCUCAAGUGAGGGAGGAUCUGAUUGACAAAAAAAUUGAAAAUGCCGUUUCCUGGAUGCAAUCUGUUAUUGAGCUUGGCCGGGUAAUCCGAGACAGAAAAACCAUUCCAGUAAAGUAUCCACUGAAAGAAGUAGUGGUUAUCCAUCAGGACCCAGAGGCUCUGGAAAAUAUCAGGUCUUUGGAGAAGUAUAUACUUGAGGAACUUAACGUACGUCAGGUGACAUUGUCUACUGAUAAAGAUAAGUACGGAAUCCGUCUAAGAGCAGAACCGGAUCAUAUGGUGCUUGGGAAGCGCCUGAAAGGGGCCUUUAAAGCUGUUAUGACUGCCAUCAAGGAGCUGAAGAGUGAGCAGCUGGAAGAAUUCCAAAAGACAGGUACCAUUGUUGUGGAAGGUCAUGAAUUACAUGAGGAGGAUCUCCGUCUCAUGUACACCUUCGAUCAGGUCAUGGGCGGAUCUGCCCAGUAUGAAGCGCAUUCUGAUGCUCAGGUUUUAGUUCUCCUAGAUGUCACCCCAGAUCAGUCAAUGGUUGACGAAGGAGUUGCUCGCGAAGUGAUUAAUCGCAUCCAAAAACUUCGCAAGAAGCGCAAUCUAGUUCCUACGGAUGAGAUUACUGUAUAUUACAGAUCACAUCCUGAAGGUGACUACCUGGAUUCUGUUAUUAAGGAGCAUACGGAUUUCAUUUUUGCAACAAUAAAGGCAGCCCUGAAGCCAUACCCUGUGCCUACUUCAAGAGAAGUGCUCAUUCAAGAGAAAACCCAAUUGAAGGGGUCAGAACUAGAAAUCACACUUGUCAGAGGAGGCUUACAUCAUCGUGUUGACCCAGCCUGUGCUUAUGUCAAUCUCAACAUCUGUAUUAAUGGUACAGAGCAAGAUGGUGUGUUGCUGUUGGAAAAUCCAAAAGGAGAUAAUAAAUUAAACUAUACUAAACUUGUAGACGCUGUGUCCUGCAUUUUUGGCCUUAAAAAUUCAAAGCUGUCAGUUUUCAAUGGAAAAUCAGAACUGUUAAGCAACACUGACUUACUGAGUCUCAGUGGAAAGACUCUUCAUGUGACAUCAGGGUCAGCCCCUGCUUUAAUCAAUACCCAUGAUACCCUCCUCUGCCAGUAUAUCAACUUACAGCUAGUGAAUGCAAAACCGCAAGAGUGUCUGAAAGGAGUGGUGGGAACUCUUCUAAUGGAAAACCCAGUUGGUCAGAAUGGACUAACAUAUCAAGGUCUUCUCUAUGAAACAGCAAAAGUGUUUGGUCUCAGGAGCAGGAGGCUAAAAUUGUUCCUAGAUGAAGCACACACACAGGAGAUUACAAAGGACACCUCCAUGAAGACCCUGAAUACGAAGACUCUGUAUGUUCAUGUUAUACCAACAACAGCUGAAUGCUGAGGAUUCCAUUUUUAUUAAUAAGCCUACGUAGACUUUUUUCACAGAAGAGAGAUCUGAUUCUGAUUAGUAUGCUUUUUAAUGAACAUCCAAGUUGUGUACUAUAUUUUCAACAUCAGCAGUUGUACACCGAUGAUGUUUUCUACCAGUGCAUGUGUAAUAUGCUGCUUUCAGUUUCAAAUACAAUGUAUUUUCGUUGUUAUUAUAAGAUACUAUAAAGGCUAUUCAGAGUAAUGUCAAAUCUUAAGCCUAGAUAUCUAUGCAGUAAUUUACCUAAAAGAAAUGGACUCAUACCUCAGUGAUGCCGUUCUCUGCCUGUCCUUUAUGCAGAGGCCAUCUUUAAUUUUCUAAGCCAUGUCUCCAAGGGUGUGGUGUUACAGCUUUGAAACUAAUUAGGGAGGAGUUACCCAGUUCUGUGCUUUCACACUAGUUGGGUUUUAAUGAAGUGUGGUGUUGAUGAAAAUACUUCCUAAUUUCCAUACUUUGGAACAAUAAAUUUUCUUUAUCUCCAAAA